AUGUCAAAACUAUCGGACAUUUACCGUUCGAAUCUUCUACUGAAACUUGCCGACAUCAUAGAGGAGAAUGCGGAUGGCUUCGCAACUCUGGAAUCCAGGGAUCAGGGGAAGCCAGUGAAUUUAGCCAGGUCUACCGUAAUUGACGAGCCAGUUCGAGCUGUGAAUUACGUCAGAAACGAUCCUAUAGGAGUAGCCGGACUCAUUAGUCCAUGGAAUCUCCCACUGUAUCUGGUUGGUUUGAACAGAUGGGGUACACGAUCGGCACCAGCCCUCGCAACAGGAAAUACAGUUGUGUGCAAGCCCAGUGAGUUGACGAGCGUCACCGCAUGGGUGUUGAUGCACGCAUUCAAAGAAGCAGGUAAGUAACC